CCUGCACUGGGCAGAUUUACUCCUGGGAUCUUUGCUGUCUCCCAUCAGGACCACCCUAGCGCUGUGCAACAUGUCCCUGCAAGCCUGGGAGUGGGAGGAAGAGGAAAGAGCAAGCACGGGGCCCUUUUCCGUGACCAGCGCUUGCCAUUCAGUGAGCGAAUGUGACAUGGAGGACUACCUGAAGCGCAGGAACCCAGCCCAUGAGUGGGACUCUGAGGACCAGUUCAGCAGCAGCCUGCAUUCCUCAGAGGGGCCUGCCGGCGCCUCUAAUACUGAUGUGCCCCAGAUUGUCCCCUGCAGAUUUGUGAUCUCACUGGCUUUCCCCACACUGAUAGGUAAUAAGGGGAAACCCCCAAAUGUACCUGAUAAAAAGAAGCCUGCUAAGUCAGAUACCCGGACUGGAAAGGCUCGUCAAUUCUACCACAUUGAGUAUUUUUUCCUGCCCGAUGACAUAGAACCCAAAAUAGUUGAUGUCGUGAUGUUUCCUAGCAUAGCUAAAGUGUUUCUGGAGACAGGAAUAAAGACUGUAAAGCCAUGGAGAGAUGACGACAAAGUCUGGGUGUCAUGGAGCCAAACUUUUCAUGUCAAUGUGACAAAGGAAUUGUUAAAGAAAAUGAAUUUCCACAAAAUCACUUUGAGGCUCUGGGACACCAAGGACAGAGUCUCAAAAAGAGUCAGGUACCACCGGGUGAAGACAGCGGCAUUUUCAGAAGAGUCCGAUUCUUUUGGUAAGUAGGAAGUGAAACAUUUGGUUUUGAAUCAGAAAAAGUUGUCUAUAGUUAACAAUGGUAAAACCAACACUGUCCUCGAAGAGCUGAAAGAGGAGAAUCUACCAAGUGACCAAGAAAAGGCAGAAAAGCAUUCAAAGUCUCCACAAGAGCCCGAAACCCCUUCUAAGAACGGCGAGGAGUGUGAGAAGUUACUGAAGAUGGAGGAGACUCCUUCAUCUAGGAAGUGCUGUAUACCCCGGCUGACUAUCAAGCUGCACUGUAGGCACAGGGCGAUGAGAGCUUUCAGUGAGUUUCACAAAGUCAGAAAGCUGGAAAUUGGGGGCAGCCAAGAUUGCAGCCCACAGCCUCAGCUUGUGGAGCCUCGAGUUGCUGUGGAUGAAGAUGACGACAAUGCUGGGCAACCCAGUGAUGACAACGAAGACGAGGAAGACUACGAGCCGACGGAUGAAGAUUCUGACUGGCAACCAGGAAAGGAAGAUGAGGAGAAGGAAGAUGUGGAAGAGCUCUUGAAAGAAGCAAAAAGGUUUAUGAGAAGGAAAAAGUAG